GUAGUAAUUAUGUAAACAAGUGGACAUUCUUCAGAUGCUAAUAUAAGUGAUCUGCAACUAGCUAAGAUAUUAAAACUAGACUGCCAUGGGGUUUAUGAGUAAGCGUUUCAGUGUUCUCUUAAUGACUGUCAGUGUGGGAGCCAGUGUAUUCCUUCUUUAUAACCAAGCACAGACCAACAGAACAGGUAGAGCUCUGUCAGUCGAGCAACUCAAUGAAAUACGUCUCGAUUCGGCAGCUACUGAUAAAGGUUUACAGUUUUUCCAUGCUAAACAACACACACCUUUGAUGAAAACACCUCGCACAGUCAAUGAAGACGUAUCAGAUUCCAAACCAGCACCAACACCAGCUAAUCUGUUCGAACUCCGCUCCUCAUUUCAGCUCCCUGUGCCCUACUGUACCCUCUCAGUGGACUCCCUGCUUCAGCAGCCAUGGAUAAGGGAACUGCAAGAGAUUCUCUCUACUAUUGAUCCGCUCUCUGGCCCAAUCAGCUUGACGACCAGUGACUACAACUUCCGAGAUAUUCUCCUGAAUUGGCUCUCUGCUAGCACAGUGCAUAUCACUCCUCAAUUAAGUCAUCUCCUUGUACUUUGUAUGGAUAAAUCGGUAUACGACUUACUCAAAGCCCACAAUAUAGCCUCCAUUUAUGCUCCUCCAGAGUCGUUUAUUAAUAAAAAGACUGACGCUGGUCUCAAAAGACACAUUGCAUUCACCGCAACACAAAUCCUAAGACUUACAGUCAUGAGGCUCCUCAACCACUGGGGAUAUGAUGCAGCUAACUAUGAUGCAGACGCUAUCCUUGUGAAGAACCCAGAACCUCUCAUGUAUGAUAUCUACAGGGAGAGCAGCCUGAUUGCGUCUCAUGGUCACUUCCCGGCAGAGAUCAGGGUCCAGUGGGGAGGCACCACCCUCUGUGCAGGGAUGUUCAUGGUCAAGAGUGGACCAGCUACAGAGAUAUUCUGGAAGAUGAUGAAUGCUGUCGUCCCUAACUCUUAUAACGAUCAAGCAAGACUAAACAAUGCUCUGUUAAAGCUAGGCGUCCGUUGGGAUGACAGCCAGCACGGGAACAUUCAGACAACCGACUGGCAAGGAACGACAGACACUGGGUUUGAUGUUACCGUUCUCUCGGCCCUCAGGGUAUGCAGACAGACGUGCAACCGGAAAACACAUAAGAGAGAGUACUAUGUGUGGCACAAAGGAGGUUCAGGGGUAAAAGGGAAGAUGAAUUAUGCUCGUCAAGGUGGACUAUGGUACCUCAGGAAAGAUUGGGAGACAGUGACUAAUAAUAGUACUUUGACAGGCAUAGACUGGCUUAGAGCAAUUUCUGUAUCGUAG